UGUUCAUCGCGUCCUACUCGGCUACCGGGCGGCGGCCGCCUGCAGGUUUCGGAAUGGCCCCUCCUGGAUCCCAUAUAUUUGCGGCGGGGCCCCCGCGCCUCUCCUCCCCAGCGAAUCCGCCAUCUUCUUCUGCUCCAAGCAAGGCCCGCAGCAAAGCGCCCGCGAAAUCCAAUCGCCUGCGGACCAGGAGGAAACGCGCCGCCGCACACCCGAGAGGACACCGCGGCGGCGGAUCGGCACCCGCGGACAUGGCGGCGGCGGCGGUGACGGUGAGCUCGGCGGGCUCGCUGCUGGCGAUGCUGCAGGAGCCGGCGCCGGAGCUCAAGCUGCACGCGCUCGCCUGCCUCAACUCCCUCGUCCACGCCUUCUGGCACGAGAUCUCCACCAGCGUCUCCUCCAUUGAGAGUUUGUAUGAAGACGAGGAGUUUGACCAGAGGCAGCUUGCAGCACUAGUUGCUUCCAAGGUGUUUUUCCACUUGGGCGAGCUAAAUGACGCUCUGUCAUAUGCACUUGGUGCUGGAGCCCUGUUUGAUGUUGCUGACGACUCCGAUUACGCUCAAACACUUCUAGCGAAAGCUUUGGAUGAAUAUGCUGCCAUCCAAUCAAGGGCUGCAGGGGAAGAAAAAACAAUGGACCCAAGAUUGGAGGCCAUUGUGGAAAGAAUGCUGGACAAGUGCAUUCUUGAUGGAAAAUAUCAGCAGGCAAUGGGUAUGGCUGUUGAGUGCAGGAGACUGGAUAAGCUUGAGGCCGCAAUUUCUCGAUGUGAUAAUCUUCAUGGAGCUCUUUCGUAUUGCAUCAAUCUGUCUCACCAAUAUGUUAGUCAUCGUGAAUAUCGAUUGGAGAUUCUGCGGUGUCUUGUAAAAAUAUACCAGACAUUGCCAAAUCCGGAUUAUUUGAGCAUUUGCCAGUGUCUUAUGUUCUUGAACGAGUCUGACACUGUUGCAAGCAUCUUGGACAAGCUUAUUUCUGGAAGCAAGGAUGAUGCUCUCCUUGCGUAUCAAACUGCUUUCGAUCUUGCUGAAAAUGAAAAUCAGGCUUUCCUCCUGAAUGUGCGGAAUCACCUUGAUGCAUUGAGUUCUGCCCACGCUAACCCUGACAGCACACCAGCUUUACCAAGUGAUCAGGCUGCUAAUGCUGCUACAGAACCAUCUGGGGAUGUCCAGAUGGGAGAUGAUGUGAACAUGCCAAAUGGCAGUGCUCUCACUGUGGAUCCAAAUAAAGUAGCACAUGCUGAUAGACUUACAAAAAUCAAGAAUAUACUGUCAGGAGAGACAUCUAUUCAGUUGACAUUACAGUUUCUAUACAGCCAUAAUAAGUCUGAUCUUUUAAUUCUGAAGACUAUAAAGCAAGCUGUGGAAAUGAGGAACAGUGUCUGUCACAGUGCAACAAUAUGCUCCAAUGCUAUCAUGCAUGCAGGGACAACAGUAGAUACCUUCCUCAGAGAAAACUUGGAAUGGCUUGGUAGGGCAACCAACUGGGCUAAGUUCAGCGCCACUGCUGGACUAGGUGUCAUUCAUAGAGGCCAUCUUCAACAAGGUCGUGCAUUGAUGGCUCCUUACCUACCUCAGAAUGGUGCUAUUGGUAGUGCUAGUCCAUACUCGGAAGGAGGUGCCCUUUAUGCUCUUGGUUUGAUUCAUGCCAACCAUGGUGAAGGAAUCAAAGAGUUUCUUCGUGAAAGUCUUCGCAACACCAGUUCUGAGGUAGUCCAGCACGGUGCUUGUUUGGGACUCGGACUUGCGGCAUUAGGUACAGCAGAUGAGGAAAUAUGCGAGGACAUCAAGACUGUUCUGUACACUGAUAGUGCUGUGGCCGGCGAGGCAGCUGGUAUUGGCAUGGGCUUGCUUAUGGUUGGCACGGCCAGUGAGAAGGCCACAGAGAUGCUUGCCUAUGCUCAUGAUACACAACAUGAGAAAAUUAUCAGGGGCUUGUCACUUGGAAUUGCAUUGACAGUGUAUGGUAGGGAAGAGGAAGCUGACACCUUGAUUGAACAAAUGACUAGAGAUCAAGACCCCAUACUUCGUUAUGGUGGUAUGUACGCAUUGGCUCUAGCGUACAGGGGAACUGCAAAUAACAAAGCUAUGCACCAGCUUCUGCAUUUUGCUGUGUCAGACGUGAGCGAUGAUGUGCGGAGGACUGCAGUAUUGGCUCUUGGCUUUGUUCUGUAUAACGAGCCUGAGCAGACACCCAGAAUCGUGUCCCUGCUAUCGGAAUCAUACAAUCCACAUGUCCGUUAUGGUGCAGCUCUAGCUGUUGGAAUCUCCUGCGCCGGAUCCGGAUUGAGUGAAGCCAUCUCCUUGCUGGAGCCUCUUACAUCAGACGUCGUUGACUUUGUACGCCAGGGUGCUCUCAUUGCCAUGGCAAUGGUGAUGAUCCAGGCCAAUGAAUCAUAUGAUUCACGUGUUGGAGCAUUCAGGCGCAAGUUGGAGAAGAUCAUUCUAGACAAGCAUGAGGACACCAUGAGCAAAAUGGGUGCCAUACUGGCUUCAGGUAUCCUGGAUGCUGGCGGCAGGAACGUCACCAUCAAGCUCAAGUCGAAAUCAAAGCAUGACAGGCUCACUGCUGUUGUUGGACUGGCUGUCUUCACCCAGUUCUGGUACUGGUACCCACUGACAUACUUCAUCAGCCUUGCCUUCUCCCCGACAGCCCUUAUUGGCCUCAAUUCUGAUCUGAAAGUGCCGAAGUUUGAGUACCUGUCGAACGCUAAGCCAUCGCUGUUCGAUUAUCCCAAACCGACAACUCAGCAGACUGCGACCACAUCAGUCAAGGUGCCAACAGCCAUCUUGUCAACAUAUGCCAAGGCGAAGUCUAAGGCAAAGAAGGAUGCGGAGAGCAAGGCCAAGGAGAAGGCUGAGAUGGUGCCACCUAGCGAGGAUGCUUCUGCUGCUUCUACUUCCAUGCAGGUGGAUGGUGCUGCUGCAGAAAAGAAGGCUCCCGAGCCAGAGCCGACGUUCCAGCUUCUGACGAACCCGGCCCGUGUCAUCCCAGCCCAGGAGAAGUUCAUCAAGUUCCUGGAGGAGAGCCGGUAUGAGCCCGUGAAGGCCGCGCCGUCCGGGUUCGUUCUCCUGCGCGACCUCAAGCCCACCGAGGCUGAGGAGCUGGCCCUCACCGACCCCCCCUCAACCGCCACUGCAAACAACGCCAACACCACCGAGCAGGCUGCCAUGGCCAUCGACGAGGAGCCCCAGCCGCCCCCGGCCUUUGAGUACACCUCGUGAAGCUGAUGAUGGUCCCAGGAUCCUGUAGCGUCGGUCUUGUCUGUAACUUUGUAUCGUUGGCAACGUUCCACUAAUUCGUUUAUUUUUAACUUUUGUUGUGAUUAAAAGUACUUUUCCUCAGCAUUUGACGCCUGGGAAACAUAUUGGUUGGAAUUUUCGCCUGGAAUGGUCUGAUGCUCGGCCUCGUCAUUGCGAUGUCGUGUUUGCUGA